AUGCAAAGUAAUUGUAUUUUGAAGCCAAUCUAAUUGUAACCUUAGGUAAAUGUAAAUUUAGUAUGUUAGAAACCUCUUAAACCAUUGGCUGGAAUGCAACAAAAUCUAAAUGAGCAUUUGAAUAACAUCUAGAACAUAAUCCCUUAUCAAUUUGUUGAUAAAAACAGUCCUCAUAUCACUAUUUGUAAGAUAAAUGAAUAAAUUUGAGGUGGAUUAACUCCAAAGAUUACAGAGUAAUCUCUAAGAAUAGUAUGUGCGGAAUACGGAAAUGUUGUGAGAAUCUCAUUACGAGCAUACUAUAAGGAAGCUUAGGCUUAGAUAGUAGCUAAUGUUACAUACGAAAAUGUAUAGUCAGCAUAGAAUGCUUAUAUGGAACUACAGAAGAAGGUGGAAAAUGGAUUUCAUUUUCAACUUUAGUAAACUUUUGAAUUUAGUAUAGCUAUGGAGGUCCAUGUUAUCAAAACACUUCUAAAAUAGUGAAAAUAAAGUUACCAAAUCCAUAGAUAAGAGGGAUAAUUGAUAAAUUGGCUAGAUAGGUAGUUAAGGAAGGAGUGCAAUUUGAGUAGACGGUCAAGUAGAGAGAGAUAAAUAAUAAUAAAUAUGCAUUUUUAUUUUUGGUAUGUAUUUAAUGAUUAUGUUAGUAAUCUGAAGAGAAUGAAUACUAUAAAUGGAGGGUCUAUUCAUUUCAGAAUGGUGAUGAUGAGAAAUAGUGGAAGUAAGAGCCUUAUUAUUUCAAUUUAAAUGAAUGCAUUUACAUUCCACCUUCAAUAGAAGUAGAGGAGCCGCCUUCAUUUGCCAAGAAGGAAUUGGAAAAAGCUUAAAGUAAAUGCAAUGUUAUGAUUACAGUCACAACAAAAAACAAGAAAAUACAAUAUUAAGUGUUGGAGGAUUAGGAUAGAUUCGCAUUUAGUCAAAUGCUGAGGGAAUUGAAUACACAGAAGUAAUGAAAUAAAGUUCGAAAUUAGACACACUAUAGGGAAGGCGAUGGUUUUUUGUAUUGACCAUUAGGACUGUCCAGCAGAUCUGAUGUUGAUUUUAGAGGAGUCACUCUUAAAUGAUUCGACAUGGUCAAUGAAAGUAUUUAGUAUUGAUUAAUAUCAGCUUGCUCGUUUGUAUUUGAUUUCAGAUAUUUUGAAUAACUGCAAUCAGAAUUUCAAGAGCUACAUCUAGUGGUGUUUGCCAAAGAUUUACAGUAAUUUAGAUCAGUUGCUGCCUUAUAAAGAGAAAGUAAUGUGUUGUGUUUGAUAAAUAAAAGAUUUUGAAAUUGUUGUAAUGUUGGAGAGAGUAGAAUUUGUUUGACCAAAAGUACUUGAAGGGAUUAGAGCUAUCCUUUUUGAUGAAAGAACAGUCAAUCCAAAUUGAGAGCAUCUCCUCAUAGCUUUAUAAAGUCGAUGGUUAUUUUAUUGAAGGAAAAACUCGCUCAUGUUGAUGAUGAGACACUUGAUCGUAUCUGCCGAAUCAAGGGACUGUGUUCUUAGGGUCCUCGUGAUACCCUAAUCCAACGUUUAGUUCAGCAUAAGUUCUACAACCGAGCCAACCCCGAUGUCUCACUUGAACAGGUGUCCAAAUUUGUUCAAGUUUAUCGCUACAUUGUUGACAAGGUAUUUGUGAUCUAUACUAUCAUCUAAUCAAAGGAUCAAUAAACUAUAAUUUCAUCCUAGAAGUAAUCAUUUACCACAUAAAUUCAAAUGAUGCAAGAGUUUCUUAAACUGAUAUAAAAGAGGUUAAUAUUAUACAAUCCUUAGAUACAAGAACAUCAUUAACAAAGAAGGAGAGGAGAUAGACGCAGUUGAUGAAAGAAUUUAUGAGUUCAAUAAACAUAUUGAAAUCUAAAGAGCUGAGCGAAAUCUCUAUUUAAAUAUAGAUGGCAGAGAUCUUACUGAAGAAGAUAUCAGAACGAUUGAAGAUAAAAAGGUUCAAGUUGUAACCAACUAUGAACUCACCUAUCUACAACCUAAACCUCCUUUGCCUCCUGUUCCAACCGAUCCCAUUGAAGUAACACUGCCAUCUAUUUCUUAGAUUGAAGUCUAAUAAUAUAGAGAUAUUCUCUUUCAAAGUGGCUUAUAUGAUCCUUUCAAAAUAGAGGAAUUCGCUAAAUCAAAAAGGGCCUAAUUGCUCAAGGCUGAUCAAUUGAAAAAGGAGAGGGAGAAACAAUUACUACUGAAAUAGCAAUAGGAACAGAGAGAGAGGGAAAGAGAAAAAGAGAGGGAAAAAGAAAGACAAUGGGAGAGAGAUAGGGAGAAGGAGAGGGAACGAGAAAGAGAGAGAGAAAGAUAGAGACAUCAUAGUAGUUUUGUUUAUUUCUAUAGUCUCCAUAGAUCGUAUCAAUAAAAGAAGCAGUGCUAGCUCUGAAUCGGAUAAAAGGAAUUAGAAGAAAAGGUUUGAUGGAAAACAUGAUCAAAAAUAUGACUAAAAACAUGAUUCCAAAUAUUAUAAGAGGAGAUCCAGAUCAAGAAGCAAUUCAAGAAAAAAGAAGACUCAAAAUAAAAAGAGAUGAGUAAAAUAAAGUUAAGCAUAC